GCAAAGAGAAACAGUCUAUUUACGUAUCCGAGUUAGCACAGGUCAACACAAAUAUGGUAUCAUUUAUACAUUAUGCGUGCGUACGGUGUAAAAUAGGCUAAAUAUGAAAACACGCCGACAGUACAGACCGAGCCAGUGUUUGUGGAGCAAGGGAGUAACUCCAUGUUGGAGUUUACGUGAUGUGGCAAAUUUUAUGAAACCUCUCCCAUACCAGUCAGUGAUGCUGAACAGUUCGGACGUUCCGGCUACACAACUGAUUCGUUGACGAAGAAAGGAGGGACAGAGGUCGUUUAAGGUCAGCUUACAAACAGACAACAGUCCGGGAAGGAACAGUAGAGAUCCGGUAGAUGACAGCACUGUACCGGAUUUCGAGUCUUAUGUCAAAUCCGACAAACAUGACCGCAGUAUCCGAGCUUUUAUUUUUUGUAUUGUUUAGGACAAUGUAAAUAGCCAUAUAACGUUUUUGUGUAAACUCGAUAACACAUCAGGAGCGUUCGGGUUACAACAACGUGUGGAGUUACAUUCAAUGGAAAAUGAUGGAGACGUUAAGGUCUCUCAAGGACGCGACCCGGACAAGUCUCAAGGACGCGACCCGGGCAAGUCUCAAGGACGCGACCCGGACAAGUCUCAAGGACGCGACCCGGACCAGUAUUCUCCCGUUGCGAAGUCCGGGGGCACGGACGAGGAAGGAAGUGCUGAUCACCUAACACAACUCCUGGAGGUCCCUAGGGAAGGCCGACCACCUUCCGAGGGAAGUACCGAAGAGGAGGAGCUAGUCCCGGACGGGGGCUGGGGAUGGUGGUGUGUGAUAGGUUGUGCCCUUGCUCAUUUCGUCACUAGUGGACUGGAGAGGUCUGGCGGCGUAAUUCUUCUCGAACUCCAAGAAAGGUUUGGUUCGGGAGCAGCAUCCACAGCUUGGGUUAUCUCCCUUAGCGCAACGCUUCGCCUUUUGUUUGGCCCGGUAGCUAGCAUCCUUAGUAACAAAUACAGCUGUCGGUCCGUGGUGAUUGUAGGAGGUCUGUUGGUGUCUAUCGGUGUGUUUGUUAGCGGAUUCGGACCGAGCAUCGCCUUUCUAUACUGCAGCUAUGGACUUUUCUGUGGUUUGGGCAAGUCCCUGGCCUACACCCCGGGGUUGGUGAUCGUUGGUCAGUAUUUUAAGAAGAAACGUGGCCUGGCCGUAGGUCUGGCGACAGCUGGUGGAGGGGUAGGGACCCUCUUUUUACCUCCUGCGAUUAAUCGUCUGUUCAAAGAAUUGCGAUUCACGGGCUCCAUGAUGAUUCUGUCCGGACUCUCUCUACAGCUUUGUGUAGCUGGCGCCUUGUACAUGCCACUCAGCAAAUACCGCGCACUGUGUCUGCGCAUGACUACAGACUCAAAUACCACAAAGGGAGUGAGUUCCCAUAGCGACGAAGAACUGAACUCUAACCCAGUCCUAAAAAGUGUACCCGAAAAACCGAAGUUUUCUAUGAUGGGAAUUAUAAAAUGUACAUUAUGUUCUCAUAAAAGUACUGUUAAACACUCUCAUCAACAUACUAAGAAAAAGCUCAUUGACUGUAGUCUUCUAAGAAAUCCGACUUUCACUGCCUUGUGUGUUGCAGUGUUGUUUUUAGCUCUUGCCUUUAAUUCCGUUCUUGUGUUUAUUCCAUCACUUGCCUCUGCGAUCGGCCUGACGGGUCUUCAGGGAGCGUACGUCCUGUCCAUAGCUGGUAUUUUCGAUACGGUUGGUCGCCUGGCGUCUGGUGUCGUGCUGGACAUGGAACGGGUGAAGAGGUUCCGCAUGUUGGUAUAUAACAGUGCGUUGUUCCUGUUGUCCACACUGACCUUCGCACUGGCAUAUGUUACCACGUUAACCGAGUUGUCGGCUGUCGCAGCAAUGUAUGGACUACUUAUUGGUACUUAUUCGUCUCAGAAAUCUGUGAUACUCGCUGACAUUUUAGGGCCUGGUGCCUUGACGAGCUCUUUCGGGAUCCUGAUAUGUUUCCAGGGAUUUGGUACUCUUAUUGGCCCCCCGUUUACAGGCUUCCUGAAAGACAAUUUGGACUCCUUUGCUGUGGGGUUUUAUGUAUCAGCUGCUAUCAACUUUCUUGGUGCUCUGAUUCUACUUACUGGAAAUGUCUACCAAUACAGAAAAAACAGCAGAAAAUCGGAAACAGAAGAUUUGGAAAUGGACCCAGUCUAAUGGGUGUUUACGAGGAGAGUGGUUUGGGGGCACGAUUCUGAUUAACCAGAGCUUGUUAUACUGCUGAGGAAGAGCUGUCCAAAAUACUAACCAUUUAAAUGUCUAACCGGACGUGACGUAGAUCAUUAUCGACAACGCCAUAUCUACAGUCCAGUACAAUGUAACGUAGAGCUAUUGUCUAUGAAUACAGUAAUUUCCUAACACCGGUGUAUAGCCCACGCGAUGCAAAAUAAUGUAUUUAAAAUCUUUGGUAAAAUCAGUUUUAGAUAACCCGCACUGGUAGAUAGCCUGCGGGUAUUACGACGAUUAAAUUCACAUUUAUUUUAUGUCCUUGAACAAAACGGACGCUGUAUCAGCAGCAGUGAAGACUACACAAUUUUCUUUUUCGUCUUUUUUUUUAUAUGUAUUACAUUUCCGUAAAAACACAAAUCAUCGAUAGUACAUUCCGGUAGAAUCCCGCAAAAGAAAUCCCCAGAUGUAAAAUACAAACUUUUUGCAGUAAAGAUGAUUUAAUACAGAU